AUGGGCAAAUCGCAGUCAAAGCUCUCACAGGAGCAGCUCGCCGAGCUCCAAAAGUCGACUCACUUUGAUAAGAAGGAGCUUCAGCAAUGGUACAAAGGUGAGCAUCACUGGGUUACAGGGGGCGGAGAAGUCUUGGAACCCCCCACUCCCUCAAUUUCGUCUGCAUUCUGGCUGGUCACGCUGGAUGUUCUUCGUCUGCUUGUUUCGCCAUUUGAUUGGGGUUUCGGUUUCCUGAAAGAUUGCCCAUCGGGCAUGCUCUCCAAAGAGGAGUUCCAGAAGAUCUACCGGCAAUUUUUCCCAUUCGGAGACCCGAGUUCGUUCGCCGAUUAUGUGUUCAACGUGUUCGAUAGCGACAAGUCUGGUAGUAUCGACUUUAAGGAGUUCAUCUGUGCCCUGAGUGUUACCAGCCGGGGCAAGAUGGAAGACAAGCUGGAUUGGGCGUUCCAACUGUACGAUAUAGACGGCGACGGCAAGAUAAGUUACGACGAGAUGCUCCAGAUCGUUGAGGCAAUCUACAAAAUGGUUGGCUCCAUGGUCAAGCUUCCCGAGGACGAAGAUACACCCGAGAAGCGGGUGAGGAAAAUCUUCCGCAUGAUGGACAAGGAUGAAAACGGCAGCCUCGACAUGGAAGAAUUCAAAGAGGGAAGCAAACGAGACGAGACGAUUGUUUCGGCACUGUCUUUAUACGACGGCCUUGUGUAG